AUGAUAGUGAAUCUUUUUGUAAGCAGCAAUAUUAAAUUACUUUCAUCAAUUUUAAAGCUUAUCAAAAAGUAAGAACUUGAAUAAAUUUAAAAGUAAUUGAGAAUAGAUCGCAAAACAGAUAGAGCUAUUAUAAGAAAAAUCACACUCGAAUGA